AGGUUGCAAAAACGUUAGGGUUGCAAAAACGGACGUCCUCAGCUUACUCAAAGCAGUCUAUGACGAACGAGAUGACGCUUACUACGGUACACAGCACGCGCUUGACCUCCGAACAAGUCGAUGAGAGCGCCGUUUCUUUGAUAGAAGCAUCAUUACAGGGGCGCAGUGAAGAACGUGAGAAGGGCCCCGAACGACCUGAUGAAAACCAUGGUGCUUCGCGAACCAAUCUCAAGGAAGAGACCCUAAUGGAAAGGCUUCGGAGGCAAUUCCACAUAGAAAAUCAAUUAUUUCGCGAGAUUUUGGCAGAAUUUUUCUGCACAGCUUUUCUGUUGUUUUGGGGUGAUUCAACUGUUGCACAAUUUGUAAUCUCUCGCAGACAAACGGACGAAUGGACUUCCUUAGCCAUAUCCUGGGGUGUCGGACUUUGGUUGGCUGUACAAAUGGCAAUCCGUAUAUCGGGUGCCCACCUCAACCCAGCUGUCUCUUUUUUUCUUUUCACUCAGAAAAAAAUCAGUUUUGCAAAAUUCCUGAUUUUUUCAAUUGUGCAAAUCGCUGGUGGAUUUGUUGGAGCCCUAGGCGUGUUUGUUAUGUAUUACGAAGGCAUCAGCGACUAUGACCAAGGAGUACGCCAAGUAACUGGACCAAUGGCAACGGCGGGCAUAUUCUCCACGUAUCCCAAACCUUACUUGACCGUAGUCGGAGGGAUGAUUGAUCAGAUCUUUGGUACGGUUAUGCUCUGCAUGGGUGUAGCCACAAUUGUUGAUAAGCGCAACGGAAUUCCACAGUUUCUCCAACCAGGCUGCAUAGGUUUUUUACUGGUUGGCAUCGGCAUGGCAUUUGGCCACAAUUCUGGCUAUGCCAUCAAUCCUGCUCGUGACCUUGGUCCUCGUUUGUUCACUUUAUGUGCAGGUUACGGAUGGGAAGUUUUCAGCUAUCGUGACUACCGCUGGUUCUGGAUCCCCAUUGUCGGUCCUAUGAUUGGAGCCGUAAUUGGUGCUUGGCUUUACGAAUUUCUCAUAGGAUUCCAUCUUCCAGACCUGCCACAAAUUGAGCCGGAAACGGCCGCAAAACGCAAAUCAGGAAUGGAUUUCAGUAAAAGAGAUGAGCAAGUAGUAUCGCAUAAUCCUACCACGGAUGUGACACAGCCCUGAAAAAAAAACAGCUAGAUAAGAUCUCUCUGAAUAAUAAUCGAUUACUGUAUAGUGAUCGAUUGAUAAUUAUACGAACACUCUAUUCUUGCC